AACCUUAGUACUGAAUUGUCGGUGUUACACGGACUCUCUCGGGUGUAACACAUGGUGCAGCCUUGAAAGCAGUCUGUUGAUGAUACCACUGCAACUAUGAUAAAGUUAAUAUUGGCACAAAUAAAGAAACGCGGUUCGAAACGCGUUCAUGUAAUUAACUGUCAGCAUCAUUAACGUUAAGCUAUUUGCGAACACGCAGCCCAGGAAAGAUGAACGUUUUUCACCUUGGCCUUUGCUCUCAGUCCUGCUGACUGUCCAAAGCUCGGAGCAGAGGCAGCAAUGUGGAGCUUGUUACUAAAUACCAGGAAAACAACAGAGUGGGUUUAACUAUUUCUUUUUUGAAGCCAGAACGUUUGUUUGUAGCCAGGGAAGAAGAUGAGCGGCCAUAAAAUGAUAUUUUCCGGGUUGAAGGUGUGGACUAAAGGAAGAAGUAGGCCUGCAUGGAUAAGCCGAUUUCAUGAUGGUAUGAAUGGCCGUGGAAAGGCUUCUUUUUCCACUUGCAGCCCAAAGGUGUGUAUUGUUGGAAGCGGUCCAGCAGCAUUCUACACGGCACAGAGUUUGAUCAAGGCCCGUCAAGAUGUUGAGGUGGACCUUUAUGAGCGGCUGCCGGUCCCCUUCGGUCUGGUCAGGUUCGGGGUGGCCCCUGAUCAUCCUGAAGUCAAGAAUGUCAUCAACACAUUCACACAGACGGCCAAACAUCCGCGCUGUAGCUUCUAUGGUAACGUGAAUGUGGGGAAGGAUGUGAGCGUCAAAGAGCUGCAGCAAGCCUACCAUGCAGUCGUACUGAGUUACGGGGCAGAGGGAAACAGGAGUAUGGGAGUGCCAGGAGAAGACCUGGCCGGUGUGUACUCUGCCAAAGACUUUGUGGGCUGGUACAACGGGCUGCCCAGCUGUCGAGAGCUGAGUCCAGACCUGAGUUGUGAAACAGCUGUCAUUCUGGGACAAGGUAAUGUGGCUUUGGAUGUCGCAAGAGUCCUGUUGUCUCCCAUUGACAUUUUAAAGAAGACAGACAUCACCCAGCCGGCCCUGGAAGCUCUGGCAGAGAGCCAGGUCCGCAGGGUGCUGGUUGUUGGCAGGAGAGGACCCAUGCAGGUCGCUUGCACAAUCAAGGAGCUUAGAGAAAUGGUGAACCUGCCCAACACCAGACCUGACAUGGUGGCAGCUGAUUUUGAGGGUGUCACAGAAGCUCUUAAAGAUUUGCCGAGGCCCAGAAAGCGGCUGACAGAGCUCAUGUUGAAGACAGCCGUGGAGGUCCCAGGAGAGAAGGAGAAGCGAAACAAGGCCUCCCGCUUCUGGGGCCUUCGAUUCUUCCGGAGCCCCAUUGAAAUCCUGGCCGACCCUGACACCAACAGGACAGCUGGCAUCCGACUUGGGGUCAACAAGCUGGAGGGCUCAGGCGAGGGAGCCCGGGCAGUGCUCACUGGAGAAGUGGAGGACGUGACCUGUGGCCUGGUGAUUAGCAGUAUCGGCUACAAGAGCAUCCCCAUCGAUCCAUCAGUGCCGUUUGACUCCCGCAAAGCCAUCGUACCAAACAAUAUGGGCCGUAUUGAACAAGCUGCAGGGCUAUAUUGUAGUGGCUGGCUAAAAACAGGCCCCACUGGGGUGAUAGCGACCACUAUGAAUAAUAGUUUUGACACUGCACGAUCCAUGGUGGAGGACAUGGACUCGGGAACGUUGGACGUAUCUACUGCCAGGACCGGUUCACAAAGCAUCUGUGCUCUGCUGGGAAAGAGAGGAGUGAAACCAGUGACUUUUUCCGACUGGGAGAAGAUUGACAUUGUGGAGAUGAGAAGGGGUGAAGCCACUGGGAAACCCAGAGAAAAACUUCUGACUGUAGAGGAAAUGCUGCAGGUGGCUCGAAAAAAUAACUGAAGACAAGAAUCAGUUCACAGGUGAACUCUGCACACUGAUUAACUGUUGCAGCAUAAAAUAACAGCAGUUGUUACCAUACUGAUGUUAUCAAUGACUGACCACCAUGGGCACAGAAAAGAAAUGGCAUUAUGAAGCACUCAACAUGGACCUAAUUCAUAUUGUGGACUGUACACAAUUAAAAGCUCAUAGGUACCAUUUACCCCUAAAGUUGGUCUUGUUUUUCAGUUUGAACCUGUUCAACAGUAUAAUCUAAAGCACUGAAAGACUGAGCUGUGGUUUCCUGUUACACUAACCUCAAAAACAGGACUCCCUUAUGGAGGCUAUUGAUACUGAACUUAUGUACUGUUAUAUACUAUGUAUGUUAAAGAGUAAACACUGAACUGGCUGAA